AUGGGUGAAUCAAUGUUUGUAGGCUACCUCGGCAUCACCGCCGAAAACUUUCUCAAUCUAUUCCUAUUGGACGUCGCUACCAUACACAGUCCUACUCGGCCCCAACAGCCCAUCCUCGCACAGCUCCAUCCUCCUCAUGAAGCGGCUAGCGUGGUCCUCGGCCUGCCGCUCCUAGUUCAAAAUGGGCAAGACCCGCGGCCCGUCACCGCCAUCUACCCGGGUUCGCGUCUCCACCUCUUCGAGAUGCUCAAGACCGUCCGCUGGGAGGACUACGAGAUCGACUACCGCUCCGGCAACCGCUUCCAGUUCAUGGGCAACGGCUACACCAACUGCGAGGCUGGCCCAGAGGGCGAUCCGGUCUGGUACUUUGACGACCCGUUUGUGCGGCUGUAG